GAGAGCCACGGCUCCUCGUCAGCGGCCCGCGAAGCCGAAGAUCGCGAGAGCUGCGACUUACGACCAUGACUUUGAGGAGGAGUUCGAAGCGGAGGAAGAUGAAGAGGCACCUCCGGCCGCAGCGCACGGCGAGGACCCCCUCCCCGAGGCUACCCGCGAGGAGGACGACGAGGAGGCUGUGCGAUCGACGACCUACGACGAUGAUGUCUUUGAGGAGGAGGACCGUGAGGACAGCAGACAUGAGGAAGACGAUGGAGAAAGUGAGGUUUAG